AUGCGCCUUGUAACGCGUAUCGGCGGGUCACUCGAAGGCGCGAAUUUGCCGGACGGCCCGCCGCCUUUCCGGUUCUACUCCCUGCGGCUUCCGCCUCGUCUCGCGCAGCGGAAUGGCACGGAGGGUCCGCCUGUUGCCGCGCAGCUGCAGCAUGACGCGGCGGUUCCGCCGGUUCCACCCGUUCCGCCCGUUCCCGCAAAGGGAAAUGACGCGGAUCUUUUGCUUGAAGCCCCGCAAGCGGAACGGGUUCCGCGGGUCGGGGGAGAAGCGGUUAAGGAUGAGCAGGGGGAAGGGGGGAAGAAGCGGGAUGUGGUGGAAGCAGGGGGAUGCCGCGGGGAGGGCGGUGGGGAGGGCGGCGGGAAGCACGCCGGGGAGGGGCUAUGGGGCGGUGAGUCAGAGGGAGCGGUGAUGGGGGGGGUCGGUGGUGGGAUGGGGGGUUGUCGCGUGGGGGUUUGCGGGUUACAGGGAGGACGGGAAUGGGCGAGAGAGUUACAUGCAAGGGGGAAAGAGGUGGGGGAAGGCCACGAUGUGGGGAUGGGGAUAGAGAUUGGGGAAGGGGGAUAUGUGGGGCUGGGGAACGAGGUGCGGGAGGGGGAAGAGGUGCGGAAGGGGGAAGAAGUGCGGGAGGGGGAAGAGGUGCGGGAGGGGGAAGAGGUAAAUGAAGAUGGGGAUGGGGAGGAGUAUGAAGUGGUGUGUGUGGAGGAGUGUGUAGGGGAGUGUGGGGUGGAGCGUCCAGGCGGCAUUCAUUCAGUUUCCCCUCUUGCCGCCUGCACCUCUUAUUGCCUGCCCCUCUUGCCGCCUGCACCUCUUAUUGCCUGCCCCUCUUACCGCCUGCACCUCUUAUUGCCUGCCCCUCUUGCCGCCUGCACCUCUUAUUGCCUGCUCCUCUUGCCGCCUGCACCUCUUAUUGCCUGCCCCUCUUACCGCCUGCACCUCUUAUUGCCUGCCCCUCUUACCGCCUGCACCUCUUAUUGCCUGCCCCUCUUACCGCCUGCACCUCUUAUUGCCUGCCCCUCUUGCCGCCUGCACCUCUUAUUGCCUGCCCCUCUUACCGCCGGCCCCGUUGCCCGUUCUGCAGCGAAGGCCGCGUGUGGGUUGCCUCAAGGCCUUCAAGUCACUUUACCCACUAACGGCCUGCCCCUCUGCCCACAAUUGGCCCCCUGGUCCCCCCUUCUGCAGCAGAGUUCGUUCGUGUGCCCGCGGGGGGGUUGCCACAACGCCUUUAACUCACUUUCCCCUCUCAUGCCCCCUUUUUGCAGCAGAGGUCGUUUGUGUGCCCGCGGCUCUGUUUUCUCUCCCCACCUUCACUCCCCCCUCCAACUACCAGCUCUGUUUUCUCUCCCCACCUUCACUCCCCCCUCCAACUACCAGCUCUGUUUUCUCUCCCCACCUUCACUCCCCCUUCCAACUACCAGCUCCCAUCCCCUCAAUUUCCUCUCUCUGUUUUCUCUCCCCACCUUCACUCUCCCCUCCAACUACCAGCUCCCGUGCCCUCAUCAUCCGCACUGCACCCGAACCUUCAAGUACCGAGAUGCGAUGGUGUGCCAUGUAUGUGAGGUCCCACGGGUCCUCACUCAUCGGGGAAGCCGAUGCGAUGGUGUGCCAUGUACGGACGGAGCACUGCGGGGAGUGGGGGAGAGGGGAGAGGCUGCAGCAUGCAAGGAGGCAGCAGUGCUGGGAGGGGGGGAGUGGGGAGAAGAUGAAGCCAUAAUAGGAGCAGCGGUGCAGAUUCACGGGGAGAACAGUGAUGGUGGAGGAGGGAGGGCGGCAGAGCCUUCUGCCUUCCCUUUUUACACCAUCCUCUUUCCUUGUUUCCUCUUCCUCUUCCUCUUCCUCUUCCUCUUGGCGUUCCUCUAUCUCUCCUUAUCCCCUUUCCUACUGCAUCCUCCCAUCUUCACUUGCAUCUCUUCCCUCGCCUCGUCCUCCCGUUCUCUCCUAUCGCCCCUUCCGCUUCAGAGCUCCUCCGUGUGUUCAUUCAUUCACAUGCAAGCAGCCCAUUUCGCCCAAAACCUUUCUUUCCUCUUCCCGGCUGCUGCUCAUCUGUCACUGUCCUCAUUUCUCUCCUCCCCGGCUGCAGACGUCUACCCAUGCUCUCACCAUCCCUCUCCCUGCCCCCGCAAUCACCAAUACCCAUGCUCUCUCUAUCCCUCUCCCUGCCCCCGCAAUCGCCAGUACCCAUGCCCUCAUCCCCACUGCUCUUGGACAUUCAAGCGCCGAUAUAACAUGGUGCGGCAUGCAAGGACGGUGCAUAGGGGGCAGGGAGGGAUUGGCGAAAUGGUACGGCAUGCGAGGAAGCAGCAUUGGGGGGUGAUGGGGAGUGGGGGAGGCGGGGUGAUUGGUGUGUUUGGCGAGGGGAGCGGGUGCGGAGUAAGGGGUGUGCGUUGGGGGAAGCGGGGGAAGAGGGCGCAUGGGGUAGCAGUGGGGAGGCGAGGAGGCGAGAAUAGGGCUGAUGCUGUGAGUGGGGAAGAGGGAAGGAAGGGGGAGGAGAAGGACGAAGAGGGAAGGUGGGAGGAGGAGCGGGAAGAUGAGGGAAGGAGAGGGGAGGAGAGGGACGAGGAGGAAAGAAGGGUGGAGGAGAGGGGCGAAGAGGAGAGGGGGGAGGAGGAAAGCAACGAAGAGGCUUUCAGAAAGAAAGGCGAGCAUGGAGAGGGAAGGGGAGGGGAGGAAAGGGAUGAAGAGGGAAGGGGAGAGAUGGAUGAAGAGGGAAGGGGAGGGGAGGAGAUGGAUGCAGCGGGGGACAUACUCCUGUCACUACCUGUGCAGGAGGAAAGAUGGGAGGAGGAGAGAAACGAAGAGGCUCCUAGGGAGAAAGGGGAACAUGGAGGGGAGAAGGAAGCGAGUGCUGUGAGUGGGGAAGAGGGGAGGAAGGGGGGGGAGAGGGAUGAAGAGGGAGGGGGAGGGGAGGAGAUGGAUGCAGAGAAAGAAGUACCCCUGUCACUUCCUGUGCGGGAAGAAAGACGGGAGAUGGAAAGGUGGGAGGAGGAAAGGUGGGAGGAGGAAAGGAACGACGAGGCUACUAGGGAGAAAGGGGAGCAUGGAGAGGAGAAGGAAGCGAGUGCUGUGAGGGGGGAAGAGGCAAGGAGGGGGGAGGAGAGGGAUGAAGAGGGAGUGAAGGGGAUCGACAAGGGUGAGGAGGGAAGGAUUGGGGAGGAGAGGGAAGAGGAGGGAAGGAAGGGGGAGGAGAAGGGAGAAGAGGGAAGGACAGGGGAGGAGAGGGACAAAGGGGCUUACAGGGAAGAAGGGAAGCAUGGAGGUGAGACGGAAAUGACUGACGUGAGUGGGAAAGAGGAAAGGAGAAGGGAGGAUAGGGAUGAAGAGGGAGGGUGGGAGGAGGAGGGGGAUGAAGAGGAGAGGAAGGGGGGGGGCAAUGUGGAGAAGGCAAUGUGGCAGUUGCAAGAAAAGGGGAUCGCAGUUGGAGGAGGGAGAGGGGAGGGGGGAGCUGAUGCAGUGAGGAAAGACGAGGAGACAGGAGCGCAUCCGGUCCUUUUCAGGGAAGACGGUGUGGUGGGUUUUGCAAUGAACCGGCUUCAGGUAGAUGGUGCCGCGGUUGGAAGAGGGAGAAAGGAGGGGAAAGGCGAUGCUGUGAGGGAAGAUGAGAAGGAAGGAGCUCAUUUGGUUUCUGUGGGGGGGAGAUGGGGGGAGAGCGGUGUGGAAAUGACAGUGGUCUGGCUUCAAGGGGAGAGUGGGGAGGGGAGGGAAGAGGAGGGAACCAAUGCUGUGAGGGAAGACGAGGAGCGAGCACCGCUUCCCGUCCGUCCCGAGGGGGAGGGCGGCAUGGGAAGUGGGGAAUUGAAUCAGUGUGAGAAAGAGGAAGAGGAGGAUGCGUGUGAGGAAGAUGGUCCAGAUGGAAUGGGGAAAGAGGAGGAAGUUGGGGAGGAGGCGGGGGAGGAAGUGAGGGAAGAUUUGGGGUUGGGAGAAAGUGGGGGGUUGGGAGAAGGUAGUUUGGCUGGAGAAGCUGAGGGGUUGGUGGAAGAAAGGACGGUGGGGAUAUGUGGGGAGAGAGUGGGGCAAGAGGAGGAGGAGCAAGAGGGAGUGCAGCAACAGGAAGAGCAGGAAGAGGAGGUGCAACAAGAGGAGGAGCAACAGGAGGAGGAGAAACAAGAGGAGGAGGAGCAAUUGGAGGAGGAGAAAGAGAAGGAGGAGAAAGAGGAGCAGCAGCAAGAGGAGGAGGAGCAAGUGGAGGAGGAGAAAGAGAAGGAGGAGAAAGAGGAGCAGCAGCAAGAGGAGGAGGAGCAAGUGGAGGACGAGAAAGAGGAGGAGGAGAAAGAGGAGGAGCAGCAAGAGGAAGAGGCGCAAGUGGAGGAGGAGAAAGAGGAGGAGGAGAAAGAGGAGGAGCAGCAAGAGGAGGAGGAGCAAGUGGAGGAGCACCAAAAGGCGCACAGAAGCAUGCAGGAAGGAUUCGUGAUGGACUCGCGGCGGGAUGCAAGCGAAAUUCCAACGGGCAUCGGCGCGGCUGUCGUACCACGCGAUUCCCUUCCAACGGGCAUCAGCGUGAUUCUCGGACUUGAGAAUCCGCGGAACGCCCCCCCGCCUCUGCGAUGCUACGCGCGGCGGUUCUCGCCUCGCCUGGCGCAGCGGAAUCGCGCGGAGCUUCCGCCUGUUCCUGCGCAGAGGCGGAAUGCGAGGGGGGUUGUGCCGGUUUGGCCCGUCCUGCACGGUCCGCCCGUUCCGCCUGUUCCCGCGCGGGGGGAUGGCGCGGAGGCUGCGGUUGAAGGCGCGCGGGCGGAAGAGGUUCCGCGGGUUGGGGGAGCAGCAGGGGAAGCUGGGCAGGGGGGAGGGGAAGAGGGGAGGGAUACGGUGGAAACAGGGGGAUGCCGCGGGGGAGGUGGCAGGAGGGGGUUAUGGGGUGGUGGGAGGGUGGGAGGAGUGCUGGCGGGUGAUGGUGGUGGGAUGGGGGAGGGUCGAAUGGGAGUUGGGGAAGAGGUGCGGGAGGGGGGAGAGGUGGGGGAAGAUGGGGAUGGGGAUGAGGGCAAUGUGGAGUGGGUAGGAGAGGACGAGGAGGGUGUUUGGGAAGUGACAGUGGGAGAGAGCAGAGAUUUUGGUGGUAAAGUGUGUGAUAUUAAUGAGUUCCUCUGUAAAAUCCCCUCCAUCCCUUCUUGCCUCGUCCUUAGCAGUUCGUCUGUCCACAUGCCAAUUGCCAAGGAAGCAGCAUCCGAGGAAGCAGCAGUGCGGUCGAAUAGGUGCGAGCUGUUUCUCUACAAUUCCUUUUUCCGUCCCUUCAAUGCCCCGUCCACUGCAGUUCGUCUGUCCACAUGCCAACUGCCAAAAGGCUUUCGCAUUCAAGUACAAGUUGAAGGAUCAUCUUCUCCUUCACAACUCCAAUGCCCCCCAGGUGAGCUUCUCUCGCUCCUUCUCUCCUUCCAAAUCCCAUUCCUCCCUCUUCCCCCCCCUCUCCCCCCUUCCUCUCCCCCCUCUGUCCCCUUCCUCUUCCCCCUCUCCCCCCUUCCUCUCCCCCCUCUGUCCCCUUCCUCUCCCCCCUCUCCCCCCUUCCCCUGCCCCCUUCUCCGUUUCCACAAGUUGACAACCCCAGCAUCUUCCCCAAUGCCCCCCAAGUAA